AAAGUGAGGUUGAUAAUUCAAAAUUAUUGCUUUUAUUUAACUUUUUAAAUUUGAUUUAAAAAUAAUGUCUUGGGAUUCCAAAUCACCGAAAAUAAGUAAAAGACGAAGAAGCAGUACCAGUAAAGACGUGCCUACUAAAGCAGCGAAAAGCGCAAGUUUAAAAGCCUUAAUAAUUGAUAAUGGAGGGUACACAAUUAAAGCCGGCUAUAACCGAGAUGAAGAACCCCAAAUUAUACCGAACUGCAUCAUGAAAGCGAAGUCAGAGAGAAAGCGAUUAUUUAUUGGCAAGCAGAUAGACGAAUGUCGUGAUUGUUCUGGUCUGUUUUUUCUAUUACCGUGUGAAAAAGGAUACAUAACACGGUGGGAAGUACAGAAACCCGUCUGGGACCAGCUAUUCGGCAAAGAUGUUUGCCCUAUCAACGACAAUCCUACGAUAAUUACGCAACCUCUAUUUAAUUUCAAAUCAAUCCAAGAUUGCAUGGAUGAAAUAUUUUUUGAAGAGUAUGAGGUCCCCAGUUUAUUUCGAUGUAAUCCAACGGAUUUAGCAUAUUUAAAUUAUGCAAAAGAGAACCGACUUAGCAGGAAUGAAGCAUGUUUAAUCAUAGACAGUGGUUAUAGUUUCACUCAUAUUAUUCCUUAUAUUAAAGGCAACAAAUUUAUACAGGCAGCAAAAAGACUAAACGUAGGUGGUAAAUUAUUAACUAACCACCUAAAAGACAUUAUUUCAUAUAGACAGUAUAAUGUUAUGGAGGAAACUUACGUGAUUAAUCAAGUAAAGGAAGACACUUGUUAUGUUUGUGAAGAUGUCAAAGCAGAACUCAGAGAAGCAGCUAAACCGUUUAGCAAAAAUACUAUAGUGAAAAAUUAUGUGUUGCCAGACUUUAACAACAUCCGUAGAGGAUACAUUCAACAAGCUAAUAAGACAGAUGAGAAAGAAGAAAGUUGCCAAAUACUCAGACUUAAUAACGAGAGGUUUGUUGUACCUGAAAUUUUAUUUCAUCCAUCCGAUAUUGGAAUGAAAAGUAUGGGAAUUGCUGAGGCAGCUGUUAAGUCAAUUUAUAGCUGUCCAAAAAUAGAUAGAAAAGCUCUAGCUAGAAACAUUAUAAUUGUAGGUGGAAAUUGUAAGUUUCCCGGAUUCAAAGAACGAUUAUACGCAGAAUUAAGAUCUCUGUUACCUGAUUUAUGGGAUGUUAAAGUAUUCUUGCCUUCGGAUCCUAUAACAUAUGCUUGGAAAGGUGGAGGAGCUCUGUUAAAAUUGCACGAUUUUAAAAGUAAUCUUGUUACUCGACAGGACUAUGAGGAACUGGGGUCUGCUAUAAUCCAAGAGAGGUUUAACAACUUCAUGAUUGACGACAGCAGAUUAGACGAUUCUAGCAAGCCGCCAAAAGAACAAACAAAUUUUAAGUACCUUGAAAAACUGAAAUCGAGGUCGAUUUUUGGUAAACAAGAACUCUGUCCUAGCGGUAGUUCAAAUGACCCGACUAACGAAGAGAAUGGAGCUGCCAGCAACUCGAAAAAUGAACAAGGCGAAGAUGGAAUUGUCGAUUCGAAUAAAGAAGAAUCCAACAGUGUGUCGGAUGAAGCAUCUCAAGAUAGUUUUCAGGCUGUGGAAGUCGAUAAAGGAAAAAAGAGCAAGGUGACGCAAGAAAAGCAGAGCGAAGAUGAUGUGGAUAUAGAUUCGGAUGUUUCGGAGGAAGAUCUAACGAAAUCGCUUGAGUUAUUUCCGUUUGGAACGGGAUCGUACUUGUAAAUGUGACUGAAAAUUAAAACGCUUUCAUUUUUAAUACUUUUUUGUAAAAUAAUUUAUGUAAUAAGCUUAUCAAAAAAA